UGCCUCUCUCAAUCCUCUCCCGCUUCUUCUUCGAGAAGCCUCUCUUUCAUCCGAACAGAGCGACGCCUUGAAGGGGUUCGUUCUCGAUGGACGCGCAAGUGCUCGUCGCCCUCGCGCUCUCGCUGGUAGGCGGAUUGAGCACCUCGAUUGGUGGGCUUUUGGUGAUUCUUAGUAAUGCUCCCAAUCUUAAGAUGAUCGGGAGCUUACAGGGUUUUGCUGCCGGACUUAUGAUGAGCAUGUCUUUUUUCGAUUUGGCACAUAAUGCUAUGAAUUCCCUUGGUUUCUUUAGAGGCAACAUCUGGUUCUUUGUAGGUGUUUUGUUCUUUGCUUCUGUCGUCAAUUUCAUCCCAGAACCAAGUGUUCCAGGAACUUGUAAGGAAGAUGGUGAUGGAUCAGUUAAGGACAUGAUCAGGAAGCACCACCGCCAAGUCUUAUUUAGUGGAAUAGUUACUGCAGUUGUUGCAGGAAUUACUGUGCAUAACUUUCCUGAAGGAAUGGCCGUUUUUAUUGGAACAACCAAGGGACUUCGAAUUGGCAUUACAUUUGCACUGGCUAUUGCUCUUCACAAUAUUCCUGAGGGUGUUGCUGUUGCUCUUCCUGUCUAUUAUGCCACGGAAAGCAAAUGGCAGGCUUUCAAAUUGGCAGCACUUUCAGGUUUUGCUGAACCACUAGGUGUGAUAAUCAUAGCUUAUCUUUUCCCAAGAAAUCUAAAUCCUGAAAUUCUUGAAGGGUUGCUUGGAUCAGUGGCUGGCGUGAUGGCUUUUCUCACAUUGCAUGAAAUGCUACCUAUAGCAUUUGACUAUGCAGGCCAUAAACAAGCUGUUCAGGCACUUUUUCUUGGCAUGGCUUUUAUGUCUGUGAGUUUGUAUUUCUUAGACAUCAGCCUCCCAAAAGAGAUGAGAUUGUAGCUGUGGUCGUGGUCUACUCUGUGUUGUAAUCAUAAAAAAUUCCUUGUAUAUUGCAAAUCUCUAGACAGGUUCUUCAUUUAUCGAUACCAAAUUUAUUUAUUGUGUACAAUUGUAUUUUUUAUGUAUAAUGUUUCUUUUACUAUCAUUCUCCUGAAAUCGCUCCUAUGCUCCAAAUGAGGAAAAAGGAUCUCAUUCUUGGCCGUCUCACCAUCAUCUUUUUGGUCUGCUGCAGUUUUUUGUGCUACUUCUUGUAAGAAAUCAUAUGAUACUGCAUCAUGUGAGCUGCCGUUAUACAAGUAGCAGGAGCAGCUUGAUUAAAUUCUUAGACACCAAUUCAAUCUGCGCAAGAGGCAGUUGGUCAAUGACCUCUUCUUGAUUAUCAAGGCACAUACCAUGUUUAAGAAACUAUUGAAAUUUACCGUUUUAACUGGUUGAUGAACACUGGAUUACAUACAAGACAAAUACACUGAGAAGGAACCGGUUGUAUUCUCGGCUGCUCUCCGUGUGAAAGUGUCAUUGGCAUAUCAUUAGUUCAACCCGCAAAAUUAGCCUUUACUUCGGAUGAAGAGGAGACUGCAUAGAAAAAUUCUUUAGUGUUUCCCAUUGCAUAAACUACUAUAGAUUUUUCCAUUGUGUACAGAACAUUGCUUACCUAAUUAUCUGAUUAAUGUUUAGUGCCUUCUUUCCUGUUGAUGUUUUUCAUAUCUUAGAUGGUCAUUAGAAGAGACAACGCAUAAACACUCUGAAUAUUCAGCUUUAGUUAUUCUGCUGUUGUUAUAAUCCUACAGUGGUCCAGCCACCAUGUAACUUGUCCUUUGUUAUAAUCCCAGUAUGAAGAUGACUGUCAUUUGUUAAGCUAACGAGUGGUGGAAUGGUUGAUGGGUCUCUGUGCAUGUGAACUGUUAAUGGUAAUUUCCUUUUGCCAAAAUGAUUAAAGAGUUGAGAGAUGAUUUGACUACCUGCUGAGAUGUGCAAAGCUGGUACAUGGAUCUAGUAGAAAUUAACUAUAAGAAUCAUGAUAUAUAUAUAUAUAUAUAUAUAUAUAUAUAUAUAUAUAUAUAUCCCAUACAGUUCUUGUGGCUGUGUGGCUCAUGCACUUUGCCAGAUCAAUGUUAGGUUGAUCAGCACUGAGCAAUUUAUUCAAGCGUGACACACGACCAUGACUCAAACAAAAAAAAAAAAGCCAUGCUAAGAAGAAAGACUAGCUUUUUCAAUCAAGUGUUGAAGUUUUCGUAUAAUAUCUAAAUGUGUGCUGCAACUUAUUCCUUGUAUCUUUCAUACUCACAUGCCGGUGCUUCUUCUUCUCCACUCUAUUUGAUAUCUCUCUCUCUCUCUCUCUCUGUGUUUAUGUGUGUGUUUAAGUUGCUUAGUGGAAUGAAACUCAUCACUGAUGAUCUGAUACAAGAUUCUAAAGUUCCAAAAAUUUGAGGGUUAACUAUAGGAUCAACUUUGACUUCCCACCACCUAUAAUACUGCUCAUUUCUGUGAUCUCUGCAUGAACAUGUUGAAAGCUUCCUUUGGUUCUUUUUCCUCAGGAAAAAUCGAGGUGGAAUUGUAUUAAUAUCAUGUUUAAUGUGGUGUGUGUAACAUGUCUAAUAUCAUGCAGGACAUAUAUAACAUAAGCCUCUCUUUUGGGAUUAUGAAAGGCAAUAGGACAUGGAACAAUGGGUGGAUUUGUGUUCCAUAAUGCAAUAUCUUAAGGAUGAUCAGAAGAAAGAUUCAAACCAUGCAGAGUUUACUACCAGACCUUAUCCAUUGUAAAAACAAAUAGAAAAAAGAAAGAAAAACUUCACCUGCUUGUGCUUUCAUUCUGAUCAAUGGUGACUAUUUUUUAUAUUACUAGUGCCAACUUAUAAUCCACUUUCUUCUGUCAGCAACUUUGCCUUUUGGCAUGUGCUUUCCAUAAUAUAUCUCACCAGCCUAUGGGAUGACAUAUGGCAGCCAACUGAAUAAAAGAUAGGUUAGGGACCUAAGAAACAAGAUGACAGUCUCUUUUAAUUAUCUAUUUCUGAUUCAAGCAUAGAGAAAGAAAGGAGAUCAAUAAUACUGUUCAAUAUUUUGUGUUGAAGGCAGGAUAUCUAUAGUAACAGAUUUCAUUUGCUUUCUUUCUUCCUCUUUCUCUUUUGUUUUUUAUUAAUAAUGGAGGGCCAAUUUCUACCAAGAAAUUGGGUGCCAGUGCAUUAGAAAAUUUUAAUUUAACUUAAAAGAUAGUUAAGUUAGUGGAGACUGCUCAACUUGGGAAGGAUUCAGUUCAGAAAUUAGCAGACAAGAUCUCUAGGUUUUUUGUCCCCAUAGAAAGUAUAUUAUUUUAUCAUUUUACUGCCAUUUUGUGGCUUUCUUGAUCAUUGUAAAGAUGUACAUAGUAAAUAGCAGUUGAUAAGUUCACAAUUAAGUACUCUGAAAAAAGCAAUGGAGAUAUACAACAAGCUUCUGCAUAUAUUAUCACUGGCAUGGGUUCAUAAUUAACCUAGACUGCAUUUACAUGUACCAGAUGUACAAGGAUGGAUGCAAGGUUCUGAUAGUCCUUGAUCCUUACUCAUGUUAAAAUGCUGAUCCAACAAAUAAUAGCUUGGGUUCAGGUUGCUCAGCUAUCUGAUAGCAAUAGAAAUGAUGUAUAUGAAUAACACAUAUUUACGAGAUUGUUAACCACACAAAAUUAUUUUAUAACCAGUAUAUCUUCCAAUAACUCGGAAAAAUUGGAUUUACUAUUUAAAUAGGGGGUCCUGUAAAUUUUUCUUGCUAACUUAGAUCUUCUUUAUUCUGUUAUUUUGAUUUUCUAUUUUAAAUAUGUGGAUCUAUUUACUUCUCUGCCUUCGGAGACUGUCUUUCUCUGUUAUAUUGCUUCAGCUAAUGCAGUUUGCAGAAUACAACUGCAAAGCU